AUGUUACCAACAACAAUUCAUAAUACAUCAAUUGUAUCAAGUUCAAAUGAAAAUUCUUCAUCUUCAACCACGACCAUUGAGUUAUGGAGUGUUACCGAUGUUUACAAUUGGUCAAUUCAAGCUAGACAAGGUACACAUUAUGCAGAUAUAUUAAGAGAUAAUUUCAUAGAUGGNCGUGCAUUAAUAAACUUAACCUAUGAAGAUAUUGUCAAUAUGAAAAUACCUGUUGGUCCAGCAAGAAACUUAUUUAAAGAUAUUGAAGAUUUAAAAUCUAAUCUUAGAGUUUUUUGGGCAUAUUCAAAAGUUUCAGAUACAAUUAACUUGGUACAAUCUUAUUUACCAAUGGAACAUUUAAGUAAAGCUAAAGAUUAUAGUAUUGAAGGAUUUAGUAUCGUCAAAGGUUAUAGUAUUAUUGGUUAUAAUAAAGUGAUUGAAUAUAUUCCACCAAAUACAUUAUCAACAGUUACAAAUGGUUUAGUUAAAGUUGGUAGUUAUAUACCUGUUGUAAUUAAUAAAAUUAGAGGUAAUAAUACUUUAUUCCCUGAUAGAGUACCAUUAUUAUUAGAAAGUGCAAUUAAUAAUAAUAAUAAUAAUACAGAAACAACAACAACACCAGGUUUUGAACAACCACAAUUAUUUAAUGUACCACCACCAACUUAUUCAUCAUCAUCAUCAUCAUCAACAAUAACUGAAAAUUAUACAAAUCAACAACAAACAACUGUAAAUACAAAUGAAAUUCCAAUGUAUUCUAGCCAAGAACAUUUCCAACAAUUACAACAACAACAACAAUCACAACAACAACAACAACCAGAACCAUUUUCAUUUGAACAACAAUUACCAGAAUCAAUUGAAUUACCACAACCAAUAACUUCAACUGAACAAGUGCAACCAGAAACUGAGGAAUUCUCAUUCGAUCAACAAACAGUUGGAGAUUUUAAUAAUAAUAAUCAUAACAAUAAUCAAGAAGAAAACAAUGAAACUUUUUAA